AUGAAACCCCAUCUGUUUUUUCACAUCUUUUUCAUACCCUUUUACCUGAUCUUGUUAUCUGUUUCUGGUCAAUGUCAAAGCGACCAGCAAUCGGUCUUGAUUCAGUUAAAGAACGAUCUCCACUUCAAUUCUUCACUUGCAACAAAGCUGGUUUCUUGGAACCCAAAUGUCACAGAUUGCUGCAAUUGGUUGGGUGUCACUUGCAGCACAACGGGUCAAGUUAUCGGUCUGGAUUUAAGCAACGAAACGAUUUCGGUUGGAAUUAAUGAUUCCAGUGUUCUUUUUGGUCUGCAGAGUCUUGAAAGCCUGAAUCUUGCUGCAAAUAACUUCAAUUUCUCACAGAUUCCUUCGAGAUUUGGCAGUUUUGCAAGUUUAAAGAAUUUAAACUUGUCGAAUUCAGGUUUUUCGGGUCAGAUUCCUGGAGAAUUAUCGCAGCUGAGUUCGCUGGAAGUUCUAGAUCUUUCUUCAUUAUUCUCAUUCGGAACUCGUUCGCUGGGACUGGAAAACCCGAAUCUAGCCACGUUUGUUCAAAACUUUACAAAGUUAAGAGGUCUUUAUCUUGAUAAUGUGAAUAUAUCAUCACAAAGAUUUGAUUGGGGACAGAGUUUAUCUUCAUCUUUACGUAACUUGGAGGUUUUAAGCUUGUCGAAUUGUCAACUUUCGGGGCCUUUAGAUAAUUCUCUUGAGAAUUUACGGUCACUUUUGGAAAUUCGUCUAGCAUUAAACAACAUAAGUGCACCAGUUCCUGAUUUCUUUGCAAAUUUCACGAAUCUGACGGUUAUGAAACUUGGUUCUUGUAAUUUGCUAGGAACAUUUCCCAAUAAGGUCCUUCAGUUGCAGAAUUUACAAAUUCUUGACUUAGCUCUUAACAAGAAUCUUUCCGGUUCGUUACCCGAUUUUCCGGUUAAUGGAUCCCUACAAAGUUUAAUGCUCAGCCACACAAAUUUUUCUGGUGGGAUACCAGAAUCUAUUGGAAAUCUAAAGAAUUUAUCGAGAAUUGAGCUCUUCGUCGGUAAUUUCAGUGGACCAAUACCAAAAUCUAUACAAAAUCUCACCCAACUGGGGUACAUAGAUUUGUCAUCGAACAACUUUACUGGGCAAAUUCCAUCAUUUCAAAUGUGCAAGAAUCUUACACAUGUUGAUUUGUCGCGUAACAGUUUAUCGGGUAUGAUUCCUUCUGCUCACUUUCAAGGUCUUGAAAAUCUUGUUUAUGUUGAUUUAGGAUUUAAUGAUUUUAGUGGAAGUAUACCUUCAACUUUGUUCACUUUGCAAAAGUUGCAAACGAUGCAACUUUCCAAUAAUAAUUUCAGCGGGUUACUUGCUAAUUUCACUAAUCCGUCAUUAUCUUCAUUGGUUACACUUGAUUUGAGUAGUAACAAACUCAGUGGAGAAAUUCCAAGAUCUAUCUUUGAACUUCAAAAGCUUAGUAUCUUGUUAUUAUCAUCGAAUAACCUGAGUGGGACCAUAAGAACCGAAGAUUUUCAAGAUCGUCUGAGCAAUCUAACAACUCUCGAUCUUUCAUUUAAUAAUUUUUCGAUCCAAACGAGCAAUAACAUCACCCUUGUGAAUCAUCUUCCAAAAUUUUCGACCUUAAAGUUGGCUUCGUGCAAUCUUAUCAAGUUCCCUAAUCUAAGAAACCAAUCAAAAUUGGUAACUCUUGAUCUUUCCAGCAACAAAAUCGAAGGAAAUAUACCCACAUGGAUAUGGGAAGUUGGGAAUGGAAGUCUUUCAUAUAUGAAUCUUUCUCGUAACCGGUUAACGGGCCUCGAAGAGCCUUAUAAUUUUCCCGAUCUUUUUGUACUUGACUUGCAUUCGAAUCUUAUCAAUGGGGUGAUUCCAAUUCCGCCACAAACCGCCACAUUCAUCGACUAUUCAAACAAUCGUUUCAACUUAUCACUCCCGGAAGGCAUUGGGGGAAACCUCGGCUAUGCAUAUUUCUUUUCGGUUUCUAACAAUGCACUCACUGGUGUGAUCCCGCAAACCAUAUGCAAUGCUGCCUACCUGAAGGUUCUUGAUAUGUCAAACAAUCGGUUAAACGGAAGCAUACCAAAUUGUUUGAUCGAAUUAGGUAGCAGUCUUGGUGUGCUAAACUUGGCGAACAAUAGUCUUAGCGGUCGAAUUGAGGGAACAUUUCCAAGCAACUGCGGGUUGAACACUCUAGAUCUGCAUGAAAAUCUUCUAGAAGGGAAGAUUCCAGAAUCUUUAGUUAAUUGCACGAUGUUAGAAGUGUUAAACCUAGGAAAAAACAAGAUAAACGACACGUAUCCAUGUUCUUUGAGUAAAAACGCCAACUUGCGUGUUCUUGUGUUGCGAUCCAACAGGUUACAUGGAUCAGUGGCAUGUGGUCAAACCCAGCAUAAUAAUUGGUCAAAGCUUCAGAUCGUAGACAUAUCUUCCAACUAUUUAGACGGUGAAAUCCCUAAAAACUGUUUCAGACAAUGGGCUGCUAUGAUGAAUGAUGAUAACGGAGAUCCACCAAAAAAGAAGCACCUCAGCUUCACUGUAUUACAACUUAGUAAUUACUACUAUCAAGAUACAGUCACAGUCACAGUCAAAGGACUCGAGUUGGAGUUGGUCAAAAUCUUGAGAGUUUUCACAUCCAUUGAUAUCUCGAAUAAUAAUUUUUCAGGGGAAAUACCGCGCGCAAUUGGGCAGCUCAAAGCAUUGUAUGUUCUCAACGUAUCACGUAAUGCGUUCACAGGCACCAUCCCACCAUCUAUGGGAAAUUUGAGUCAGCUGGAGUCAUUAGACAUGUCAUCAAACAAGUUAACUGGAGAGAUCCCAUAUACACUUGCAAGUCUUACGUUUCUUUCUACACUUAAUUUGUCAAACAAUCAGUUGAAAGGAAGAAUCCCAAUAAGCAACCAAUUUCAGACUUUUGAGAAUGAUUCCUAUUUAGGCAACAAGGAAUUAUGUGGUCUUCCGUUAACCAGAAACUGCCCUGGUUCAAACAUUCCCACAACAGAAAAUGUACCACCGUUUCAAGAAUCGAAGAACGGAUAUGACUGGCAGUUCAUAUUCACCGGGGUGGGAUUCGGGUCAGGUGCAGCCAUUGUCACAGCACCUAUUAUGUUGACUAAGACAGGGAGAUACCUUUGGAACGACUACACAAACAAACUUGUCAUAACGAUUUGUCUGGUCCUAGGUAUCCGUUACGCACCGUGUCGUUUAUUUGAAGAAGACGAAGACGAUGAAAAGGAGACGGUAUCCAGCGAUGAAAACUCAGACGACAGUGAAUUCGAAUCAGUAGCUGACCAAUCAAAAGGAAGGUACUGUGUGUAUUGUACUAAACUUGAUUUCUCUAGAAAGCAAGCCAUUCAUGAUGCAAAAUGCACUUGCUUUGACCAAACAAAACUGUUGUCUACUUCUUCGUCGACUUCUUCAUCCGAAGCAGCGUCUCCGUUCACCAAACUGUGA